UCCGCGGCGCUGCCCACGGCAACCAACGCCACCCACGACCACGCCAGUAAUGCAGAUCUUCGUCAAGACCAUCACCGGGCACACUCUCACCCUCGAGGUCAAGGGCACCGACACCGUCGACAGCGUCAAUGCUCGGAUCCAGGACAAGCAAGGGAUCGCCGGCACCGCAUCCCAAGACGACCCGCGCCAGCUGCCGUCGCUCGUCUUCGCCGGGAAGCAGCUAGACGAGGAGGACGGCCGGACGCUGGCCGACUACGGCAUCGGCAAGGAGUCGACGCUGCACCACGUGCUCGGCCUCCGCGGCGGCUUCCGGCAACGAAGCUGCUACCCCAAUCACAUCAACCCCACCCUCCUAGCGCUUGCGCUCCGCUACAACGAGAACAAGAUGAUCUGCCGCAAGUGCUAUGGACGUCUUCCUCCGGGGGCUACCAACUGCCACAAGAAGAAGUGCGGCCACACCAAUGACCUAAGGCCGAAGAAACGUUUCGAUGGUAGAGCAGGUUUACGAGGGAAAUAGUGACAUCCAUAUGAUGUACCUACCACAAAGCGACCAUAAGGACCGAUUAUAUAUGCUUCCCUCUGUUGCACCAGUGAUCAGCAUCUCCUGCUUGGCAUACAUAUAUUCUUGAAGCACCUAGUGCGCUUUGCCUCAUAAUGCCGAUGUACAAUUGCAUUUGUUUUUAAUGUCAGCAUUCCAAGGACGUUCUCAUAAUGUAUUUUUGUUGUUUAUUGACAUGACUUUACAAAUUCUGAUGCAUCCCCUACUUGUCACGCAAGUUCUUUCCAGCAAGUCUAAUGGUUAAAGCAUCAUAUAUUCCAUUAUUAAUUAGUUGAUGAAAGCACCUACAA